AACAAGCAAAGAAGAACUCUUCUUCUACUAGUUUAUUUAAUUUUCAUCUCCCUGAAGGCUAUCGCAUGUUUUUAUACAUUCUGCGCUUGUUUUGAGCCUGAAAUUUGAGGAUUUUACAAAAGUGACGCACAUUUUUAUUCAUGCAGUUUAUGAAAAUUAACUGAAGCGCGUGAACAACCAAAGUUAUGGAGGGGGAGGCACCGGAGGAGCUCCUGAUGAAGCAGCACCGCAAAGAGAAGAAGGACCUCCAAGCUAAAAUCCAGAGUAUGAAGAAUGCGGUGCCCAAAAACGACAAGAAGAGAAGGAAGCAGCUGACCGAGGAGAUCGGGAAACUGGAAGCCGACCUGAAUCGGAAACACGAGGAGGAAAUCAGGCAGCUCAGAUCUACAGCUGACUCGAAGGUGGAGGAGGUGGCAAACGGGGUGGAGACCAUGAAGGUGGAAGGUGGAGGAGAGGAAGAGGUGAAGCAGCCGCGAGUCACUAAAGCUCAGAAACGGAGGGACAAGAAGUCUGCCCAGGAGAAGGAACGCGAGAGCAGGAUAGCAGAGGCAGAGGUGGAGAACCUGCAGGGCAUGAGGCACCAGGAGGGAUUGAAACUGGCUCAAAAAUUGGCCCAAAAAAAGCUUCAGAUCAAGGAGAUUUCCUCCGACGGUCACUGCAUGUACCGCGCCAUCGAAGAUCAGCGGGCUCGCCACGCUCAGUCAGGAUUGAGCAUGACGGUGAAGGAGCUCCGCUCCAGAACAGCUGAGCAUAUGAGGGAGAAUGUCGACGACUUCCUGCCGUUCCUCACUAAUCCCGACACCGGUGACGUGCUUACAGCAGAUGAGUUUGAGAAGUACUGCAGUGACGUGGAGCACACCGCUGCUUGGGGUGGGCAGCUGGAGCUUCGAGCUCUGACCCAGGUUCUACACUCACCAAUAGAAGUGAUCCAGUCUGACUCCCCGACUAUAAGGAUCGGGGAAGAAUUUGACGGAGAACUCAUCACUCUGAUAUAUAUGCGUCAUGCCUUCGGUCUCGGGGAGCACUACGACAGCGUGGAGCCGCUGAAGGAUCCGACCAGCUCGGAGGACGGCUGAGAGAGUCGUGAACAAAGAGCACUGCAGAAGCUGUCUGGACUUAUAAACCAACACAUGAACUUAUCAGUCAAUGUUUUUUUUUUUCCUGAAUGAAUAAAAUGCAGAUGACAUCAUUUCUGCUCUAAAUAGGAAAAAACUGUUUAUGUAAAACAGAUGACUCCAGGAAUCGUCGUUGCACUCAAACAAAAAUGUCAAUAAAGACUAACUGAGAACUUGA